AAAUAAAUAAAAGUAAAAAAAAAAAUUACUGAAAGCAUUCCAAAAAAUAAAGAUUAUCUCGUUUUAGAGAAACUCCUUUCAAGCCCGAUUACGAAUUGUUUAGAAAAUAAUAACGCGUAUGGUUGUGAAGUUAAAUCAAGUGUUUUAACAGACACAAAAUAUUUAUCCAAAUUUAACUCAAUUGGAUGCGAAAACAAAAAAAAAAACAAGUACAAUUUUCGUUACGAAGAACAUCUUAACAGACUUUUGUUUUCAUUUCUUUCUUUUUUUUUUUUUUUUUUUUUUUCCUUUUUUUUUUCUUUAAAAUAUAAUUUAAACAUUUAUACGCUUUUUGUUUUAAAAAAAACUGCAACGAAAUGUUUGAUGUAUUCGGCUCCGUUAAGGGGCUAUUAAAAAUCGAUCAAGUCUGCAUCGAUAACAAUGUAUUCCGAAUGCACUAUAAAGCAACGGUAAUCAUAUUGAUUGCCUUCUCGCUGCUAGUGACAUCGAGACAAUAUAUUGGUGAUCCUAUUGAUUGCAUAGUGGACGAGAUACCGUUAGGUGUUAUGGAUACCUAUUGUUGGAUUUAUUCUACGUUUACAGUGCCUGAACGUUUGACUGGCAUUACCGGUCGCGACGUUGUACAGCCGGGUGUCGGUUCGCAUGUCGAGGGCGAAGACGAAGUCAAAUAUCAUAAAUAUUAUCAGUGGGUAUGCUUUGUAUUAUUCUUUCAAGCUAUACUCUUUUACGUGCCUCGCUAUUUAUGGAAAUCAUGGGAGGGAGGCCGUCUAAAGAUGUUAGUCAUGGAUUUAAAUAGUCCAAUUGUGAACGAUGACUGUAAAAAGGAUCGUAAACGUAUACUGGUGCAAUAUUUUACCGAAAAUCUAAAUCGUCACAACUUUUACGCGUUUCGUUUCUUCCUAUGCGAGGCUUUGAAUUUCAUAAAUGUAAUCGGUCAAAUUUAUUUUGUGGACUUUUUUCUGGAUGGCGAAUUCUCUACGUAUGGCAGCGAUGUCCUAAAAUUUACCGAAAUGGAACCAGACGAACGUAUCGAUCCUAUGGCGCGUGUAUUUCCGAAAGUAACUAAAUGCACCUUCCACAAAUACGGUCCAUCCGGUUCCGUGCAAAAGUUCGAUGGACUUUGUGUACUACCGUUAAAUAUUGUUAAUGAGAAAAUUUACGUAUUUUUAUGGUUCUGGUUCAUUAUACUCAGCAUUUUAUCUGGAAUUUCAUUGGUUUAUCGCAUCGCAGUUGUUAUGGGUCCAAAAUUGCGUCAUCUGAUGUUGCGUGCCCGGUCACGUUUAGCCGAAGUCGACGAUGUCGAUGCAGUUUCAAAGCGUUGCAAUAUCGGCGAUUGGUUUUUACUUUAUCAGUUAGGCAAAAAUAUUGAUCCCUUGAUUUAUAAAGAAAUUAUGUCAGAGCUCGCUGUCGAGCUGAGUGGGGUAAAUGUUACUCAAAAGCAACGCAUGGAGGCUUAGAUAGUAUUAUUUUCUCUAUUGACUAUCUAACUAACCCUGUUACUAUUACUAUUAAUUAAUAUACACUUUUAUAAAAAUAAAAACAAAAAAACAAAAAAAAAAUAAAAAAAUAAUUACAAAAAUUACAAAAAUUUCAUAAACAAUAGUAGACUACUUGACGGCGGAGCGAAACUCCAAAACUCAUUAAGCAUGCGUCUAUACGAUGUAAACGUUUCAUUCGUUUACCACAAUCGCUGUAAAUGUUUAUGACAUUAGUUUAGUAUUGAAUGCUUAGAUUUAUAAAAUUUUUUAGAUACAAUCGAAAAAACAAAAAAAAAAACAAUUUUUUCUUUUAAUAAGUUAUAAUAAUUUAUAAAAUAUUUAAGAAACUAAAUAUUAGUUUAGGAGUAAUUUCGAAAAGUUCACUCAAUUACUCUGAGUAAGAUACAAAAUAAAAAUGUAACUCCAAGCAACUGCCGUUAUUACGCAAACACAGAUACUUUAUUUACGGAGCAUAAAACCAAGAGAGCUUGGCUUCUAAGAGUAAAACAAUAAAGUAGAGAAGAGAGAAAGAAGAGAUUGUUGCGCUUAGAGUUUAGUUUAGUUGAGAGAAAACCAAAAUCAAUAUGGCUGCGCAUGCUUUUUCAUAACUUACAUCUUAUUAACCGUCAAUAACGUUACAACAUAAUACUUAAGAGAAGAAAAUGAAAGAAAGAAAGAAAGAAAGAAAGAUCGGUUUUAAAAACAAAUUCUUUCAGCAUUUAAUGAAAGCCAAUAAUCUUUCUUUUUUUUCUUUCUUUUUUUUUUAUUCUUUCCGUAAAGUUGCUUCCAGUCGAAAUAUCUCCUAGAUCUUAUGGUUAAAGAAAAAACCGGUUUGCGAACAAGUUUUAGGAUGAGCUGAAUUGAAUUAUGGAAUAAAUUUGAAAGAAGUUCAGGGCUUUUUUCGACUAUUAAUGUCAAUUUAUAUAGUUUUUGUAAUUUUUUUUUUUUCCUUGUUUUUCUUAAGCUUCGUUGUUUGUGUCAUUAAUACGCAAAUGCUUGAUAUAUAGGAUAAUUUCAAGCGAAUUGAAUUCUUAGAAGCAACAACCAAUUGAUUGAAUUUUUCGAAAUUAUUCGAACUAAGGCAAAAAAAAGCAGUACAAUUCUUUUUUUUUUUUUCUCUCUCUUUUUUUUUUUUUUUUUUUUACAUUUUCGACAACGAAAUAAAAGACAAUACUUACAACAGACUUUUACCAGUAACCGUUUUACUAAAACAUUCCGAAGUAAACUUUAUAUACAUAUAAACACUUAUACAUGCAAAUAAAUAUAUAUGUAAAUAUAUAUUAUAUAUUUAUGUAUGUAUAUGCACUACAAAAACACAUUAAUUGCCUGCCAUAAAACUUCAUAUCACUUAACGAUAAUUUAUUAUAGAAUGACUGUGUUUAAGAAAUGAUUUAGGUUUCAAAAAAAAAAAAAAAAAAAAAAAA